AUGAUGCGUUAUGAAUGCAAUGAUGCCCAGUUCCCAAUCCCCCCCCUCAAGACGGAGAGGAGGGCGGCCGUUGCGACAUUGAUAGAGAAACAGGCAAAGGAUGGAAAUGCAAAUGUAGAUGCAAAUGUAGAUGCAAAUUCAAAUGGAAACGAUGGAAAGACAAUCGUCAGCAAGUUUGUUCGUUUUGACCGGGCGGAUACGACGCCAAGCGAGACCGGGCAAAUAACGUGGCGGGCAAAUGUUGGCAACGACGUCGACGGGGCAAGAAGAGAGACAUUUUCGUCGCGUCGACCGGGCAAGAAGAGAGACAUUUUCGUCGCCCCUAUCGAGGGUCCCUGGCUGCUGUCACGCUGUCCGCUGUCCGUUGUCCGCAAGAUGCUGGGGACAAGGGGACUGUAG